AGAAUUCGAACUUUGAUACCCACAAUGCAUCGAGCGAGAGGUGGGGCUUCUGGAGUGUUAUAAAUAAUGCGCUCUGUUUACACCAAAGUUAGCUUUUUGGAACUUUUUGUUUUGUCCAGUACAUCCAUCAAAAUGUUCAAUUUAUGCAGAAGUCUGACGAAUCUUUUAUAAUCCCUCGAGGAGAGAUCGUGUCAAGGCUAGCGCUGAAUGUUUUUCUAAGAUCUUUGUUUUUUUCAAUACUUCUUUUUGUUUGUUUUUCUUUGCAAGAGACGACGACUUAUCAACUGGGAACUUUAUUUUAAAGAUCUUUGAGCACAUAUUUCAAAGGUAGCAGCAAUGGUGUUGAUGCUGGGCCGGAGAUUGAACAGGGAGGACUCUGGGAUCAGAGACUCCCCAGCUGUAAAACGAAAGGUCUUUGAAGUUGAAUCCAAAACCUCAGGUGGUCAGGAGAUCUUGGACUUCUGCUCUGGAUCAUCACAUUCAGAGGGCAUCCUGCAGGUGUUUAACGAGUUCCGUGAUAGCCGCCUCUUCACGGAUGUGGUCAUCAGCGUUCAGGGCCGUGAAUUCCCCUGCCACCGCGCAGUUCUCUCCGCCUCCUCUUCGUAUUUCAGAGCCAUGUUCUGUAACGAUCAUCGCGAGAGCCGCGAGAUGCUGGUUGAGAUCAAUGGCAUUCUGGCUGAAGCCAUGGACUCCUUCCUCACCUACAUUUACACUGGCCGUGCCAAGAUUACCACAGAGAAUGUCCAGUUCCUCUUUGAAACCUCCAACCUCUUCCAGAUCACCACUCUGCGUGAUGCUUGUGCAAAGUUUCUGGAGGACCAGCUGGACCCAUGCAACUGCCUGGGCAUUCAGCGCUUUGCAGAUGCGCACUCUCUGAAGCAGCUCGCCAGCCGCUGUCGCACUUACGCCCUGGCCAACUUCUCAGAAGUGGCCCAGCACGCAGAGUUCCUUGACCUACACAAAGGAGAGCUGGAAGAGUACCUCAACAGUGACGACCUGUCUGUAAGUAAGGAGGAGAUGGUGUUCGAGGCCGUCUUGCGCUGGGUCUAUUAUUCUGUGGAGCAGAGAAGGCCAAUGCUGAAGGAUUUGCUGGAGCAUGUUCGCCUGCCCCUGCUCCAUCCCAACUACUUCGUCCAGACGGUUGAGGGAGACCAGCUCAUCCAGAAUGCUCCCGAGUGCUACCAGCUCCUCCACGAGGCCAGACGCUACCAUGUGCUUGGAAACGAAAUGAUGUCACCCAGAACCCGCCCACGCAGAUCGACUGGCUACUCUGAGGUGAUUGUGGUGGUCGGUGGCUGUGAGCGGGUCGGGGGGUUCAACCUGCCCUACACUGAAUGCUUUGACCCAGUCAUUGGAGAAUGGAAGUCCCUGGCUAAACUGCCCGAAUUCACCAAGUCCGAGUACGCUGUGUGCGCCUUGCGCAAUGACAUCUUGGUGUCAGGCGGGCGCAUUAACAGCAGGGACGUGUGGAUGUACAACUCCCAGCUAAACCUGUGGAUGAAAGUGGCUUCUCUCAACAAAGGCCGCUGGAGACACAAGAUGGGUGUCCUGCUAGGCAAGGUGUACACCGUCGGCGGUUACGACGGCCAGAGCCGCCUCAGCAGCGUGGAGUGUUAUGAUUCCUUCUCGAACCGCUGGACUGAAGUGGCACCCCUGAAGGAGGCAGUCAGCUCUCCAGCUGUGGCCAGCUGCGCUGGCAAGCUCUAUGUCAUUGGAGGAGGCCCGGACGAUGAAACUUGUUCAGACAAGGUUCAGUGCUAUGAUCCAGAGACAAACACCUGGUUACUGAGAGCCAACAUCCCCAUCGCCAAGCGCUGCAUCACAGCAGUGUCUCUGAACAACAUGAUCUACGUCUGCGGCGGCCUCACCAAGUCCAUUUACUGCUACGACCCCCAGAGUGACUACUGGAUGCUUGUUCUUCACACCUUCAACAAACAGGAGAGCUGCGGCAUGUCGGUGUGCAACGGAAAGAUCUACAUCCUCGGAGGCCGCAGCGAAAGCGGCGAAUCCACAGACACGGUGUUGUGCUACGACCCGUCGACGAGCAUCAUCACCGGCGCGGCAUCCAUGCCCCGGCCGAUCGCCUACCACGGCUGCGUAACCAUCCACCGCUACAACGACAACUAUUACAAGGCAUGACCGUAGCAUGCAACCAGAGACACACAAUGGCGCCUAAACUCUUUAGGUACACCACACUUACAACCUUUAAACAGACAAAUGAACUGGUUGGGUUUACUGUACAGUAUGGAACGCAUCAUGUAGCAGUUGUGACUCUUCUAUUUGUUCAGCAGACAUAAUCCUUCUUUUUUCAUAGCAACCUGAGCUAAAGGAGAACCAAAUCACUGUGGCGAGUUUGACAAAAGAGAAAUCAAUCUGUCAUAAGUACAUACAUUUUACUGAUUAUUUCAUAUGCAAAUAAAACCAAAAAAAAGUUUUGUUUUUCCUUUUUUGCUAGCAGUCUGAGAUGAAUUUGUGGUUAAUACCAAACAUUAAGUACUCUUUAUGCAAAAACUGAUCAAAGACAGGAGAAUUUAGAUGUUUUUUUUUUUUUUUCUAAAAAGCAAAUCUUAAAAUUCCCCAACUGGAGAUAAGAGUGAUGUGUUUGCAGAAAAACAACCUUUCUGUACCUUUUUACAGUCCAACUAUACAUAUAACUACAAUAGACUGCAGUAAAGACCAAUAAAAGAGUUGUUCAGUGUUGAAUCUCUGACAUGUUCUCAACCCAAAGCAGAUCCAGGAAAGUCCGUUGACUUUUUUCAGUCUGUGCCACCGUCUCCUUUCUUCAUUUUUGAAAUAAUUAUUAUGAAUGUUUCUGACAUAUUCUUUACAUGUAUACACCAUUAAGUUAUAUUUGUAUGUGCCUUUUUUAUAUAAUUAGAUUUUUAUUGUGAUCUAUGUGGAUUGUUUCAGCUCAUUGAUGUUGUGGGGUUGUGGGUGAGUUUUUGUCGAUGUAAGACGCCUUUGUGGAUCAAACUUUGAAAAAGUGGUUUGCAUGUUGGAUGUGUGCGGAUCUGUGGGGGGGUUCUGACUCAGUCUGGAGCCAAGUGGGGUUAUCAUAGAGCUGAAGUGUUCAAGUGUUUUUUUUUUUUAUGCUGGCACCUCUCACCUAUACAUUGACCUUUAAAGAUCUAACUCGGGGUAACCAUGGAAACCUCCAGGUGCAAAUGUCUGUAUGCUGGUGUGUAGUUUUGUGUGCGUGUAAUUCACCUAGGGGGAGUUUGGAAUGACAAGACUUUUGGAUUGUGCGGCUCCCGGUCAGUAAACUCAAUAUUUACUAUACGUGGUGUUGAUAAACUAUAGAAAUUGCUGUGAGUAUGACUAUAAUCUGUUUUCUUUUUGUAUGUAUUUUUGUGUUUCUGAAACAAAGAGCCUCAAUUGUGCACUUUGACAUGAUGCUGUUUAUUGUGAAUUUCUGUUUUUACUGUAUCAGUAAUAUGUAUUUUUUUUACACAACAUUUAAAAACAACAAUUUAAAAAAAGGCUUUCUAGCUCCAGACAGUGAGGAGGUUUCCACUGUUGGGGACUGCACAAUGUUUUUGCAGGAACAGUAUGUUUUCCCUCAAAAUGGCCAAAGCAGUUGGGGGGGUGGCAUAAUUAAAAUAGUCUGCUGGGCAUGUUUGCUCUUUAUGAGCUGCAAAGCAAACAUCUUUAGACACUUAAGGCCCAUUUUUUAGUAACUUUAAAAGGUGACCACAUGAAUUGAAGAGUAAAAACACAGCAACACAAAUGGGUAUAUGUUAAAAAGAAAAAAAAAGUGGGUCUGUACUUUAAUAAGUACUCAAAGGGUUCAAACAUCAUUCUGUAAUGCUGAUUAAACAUUGUAUGUAUUGUAUGCUUUUGACAAGCCUAUCUGUUGUUUUUAAGUUUUUCUUAUUUUUUGGUUUGUUGUGGGAUUGUGUGUUAAGUUCCUUAAAUGUCAUUUAGAGAAGCCCUAAAAGCUGGUUAAGCAGGUAUCAUCCAGAAUGGAUGUGGUUCUGUUCAGUUGGGUUAAAAAAAACAACCUUCAUUGCGGCUGCAUGGAAGGUGGAAGUUUAAAUCUUUUCUCCCGCUGUCGUUAUUCCAGCAGUUUGAAAAGAGGAAACGGCUGUUCGUUAAUGCAGCUCAAAAAAAUCUGGGCUUUCUGUAAUGGAGUGAUGUAAUGUUUAACAACACUUCCUGCUCAGCACCUUGAGUGAGCGUGCCAGAGAGCUUUGGAUUACUGUAAACUGCUUUCAGUCAAAAUGUAAUGCCUGGCCUUUGUACGAGGAAAAUCAAUAAAGUUUCUCUUUCUAUUUGAA